AUGUUGACGUGUCGGUGUUUCUUCUCAUCAAAUUUGUUGGCAGAAAUGACAACAACACAAUGCAUCUCGGGAGUUUCAGAGGCGGUCAUCAAUCUCUGUCACGGUCGAAUCCUAGAACGCAUGCACUUUUUCCUUACAGGAACACCUUCUUUCAGGCGUGGGAACCAUACUCUAAAACUCGUCAUUUCUGACAGCCCGAACAGUGCCCUGGCAAGCUUACGGCAGACUGCUCGAGGUCCGGCUGGUCAAGAUCUUUCUAGAAGACUGUCUCGCCUGAAGAUUGAUUUCGAAGAGUUCCUACGCAGGUCCGAAUCUCUGUCAUCGAUUGAUGAGAUGUAUGAGUUGCAAGUCAUUGUCAAGAAAUGCUUCUCCGUCACCACUCGUGAUGGGGAAAUGUCUUUCUGGAACACCCUCUCUUCGGCCGGAAUAAGUCCUAAAAAGUGGUUCAACAACAAGUUCGUCAUGCAGAUCGAUAAACUCGCCGCGUACCACAGGAUACCGGUUACGCUGGUAAAGGAUGUCCGUAAGAGAGGUUCACGAGCUUUGUUCACAAACAUCACACCGCUAUAUCUCGAACCAUAUGCUUCGAAAUGGACGACGAUAUCUGCCGAAGGCAAACGGGUGAAAUGUCACGUACACGCAGAGGUACAAAUCAUUACACAUUACCUCAAGUCACAACCACCACCACGCAUUCCACCUCGCUUCAUCGGGACGAGCAAGGCUGCCUGCUUCCUCUGCCACCUGUUCAUCGAGUCACACGGGGCGUUCAUGGUGUCGGCCACUCACGGCCGGCUGUAUGAUCAAUGGACCAUUCCGGACCUGGCGGAUUACAGCUCAGAGGUGGUUAAGAAGCUCAGGGGCGUCAUCACGGUCAUGGACGACGAAUGUAGACGUCUCGUCAAAGAAAAGCAUGGUCGUGCUUUUCCAUUGACCAGCAGGCACAACCUGAGAGAUUUUCCCAGGUAUUCGCCGGUAACUUCUUCGGUCAUGUCUCAACAGCAGCAGCAGCAGCCGCACAUGCCGGCUAUAGGUGAAGCAGAGGCGGUGGAUGAAGCUGUAUUCGAAAAACUUGAUUUGAAAUCCGAUAUGGUUGAGGACAUUGUCAGUCAGAGCAAUGAGAAGGACGAGCGAAAGGUUGACCAGAUAGCAAGCAACCCAUCAGAUUCAUCGUCGACAUUACGAUCGGGACCGUCGACUCAAGAAGUUCGGAUCGAACCAGAUCAACCACAGUACGUCGACAGCAUACCCGGUAUAAAUAUCAGUCUGGAGGUCGAAACUCCUUCAAUAGGAAUGGCACAGUUUCGAAAGGUUUCGGCGACAAAUGGAACUGAACAUGUGUCUAAUCUGGUCAAACUCGAAGAUUUGAGGUUGGGAGAUGAAAUGUAUUUUGUGAGACCGGAGGAUCAGGAUCAUGUAGGUUUGCGUAUCAUCGGUAAAGGAGAGAGAGAUUUGUGCUUUUUGCGAUUGAGAUGGAUUUGA